AAUGAAUGAAUGAAUGAAUGAAUGAAUGAAUGAAUAUAUGGAUGAUUAUCUCCUCUUUUCCCCUCAAUCUUCUACCAUCGUUUUAUUACUGUUUACUCCUUUUUCACCUUCUUGUAUCUUGGGAGAACACUUUCGCUCUUUGCUAUUUAGACAUUCAUCAAGAACUGCCCUUGGGAAUUCAUUCGUUGAGUUCUUCGACAACGUCAAUACGUCCAUACACACAUACAUACCUGACAUUUUCGUAUUCCUGCAAGGUAAAUAAACUUUGAUUCCUCGUUACAUUCCAAUCUGGCAAACGAAAAAUACUCCCGCCACCACUUUUAAAUUUGAGCAACAUCUCUUUUUUCUGGAGAAGAUUCCAAAGACUGACCUGUGGUGUUAUUUGCUGGUUGAUAGUUUAUAUCGAGAAUACAAGCAAGUGUCAAGCACGAAACCCUUGACUUUAUCCUCAACCUUCUACCUCGACUUCCACCUCGACCUUUACCUCCACUUCUUCACCAUCAAAUAAUUCAAAAUGCAUUCCUUCAAGAUCACCGCAGCUUUGAUUGCUCCCGCUCUGGUCAAAUUUGCAACUGCUCAAUAUACUAUUGAUCCUUCAAGUGUUUUAUUGGCUACUCGUAGUAAGUUUUUCUCUUCAUUUCCUUUCAUCAUAGAAAGUAUUCUCACAAUCACAUCCAGAAUCAUGGUGCCAAUCCCAAACUCAAACUUGCCCAUCUCUCUGCUUGCAAAAUGGUGGGAAUGAUUCAAGCACCGAGACCAACACUUGUGAUCCUGUACGUACAUCAUCCACCUCUCUCUCCACUUUCCAAACUUGAAAAUUCAAGUCCAACUAACUCAAAAACAGGAAACCCUCAACUAUGCAUGUAUUUGCGGCAACGGUCUCUCUCCAAAUGCAUCCGAAUACUCUCUAACCCUUCCAUACUUCAUCUGUACUCAAUACGCCACCAACUGCGUCGCUGCCUGUAACGGAGACAAUAACUGCCAAGCAGCCUGCAGAGAUGACCAUCCAUGCGGAGCCCAGAACCCAACUCGUAUCAAUACCACCAGUAGUGCCACUCAAAGUUCAACCGGUACAGCAGGAGCAUCUAGCACAAACGCAGUUGCAUAUACAGGAUUAGGUGGAUCAACUUCAACAUCUACUCCUAAGAGUGGUGCUGCUCAGAUGACUAUGGAUUUUGGAAAAUCUUAUGGUUUAGCUGUUAUUUUCGCUGGCGUUUUUGCGGGUUUUACUUUGGUCAUGUAGAUUGACCGCUUAAUUAAUGGAUGCUUGAAUGGUUGAAGUGGAGUCGAUUAAUGGGUCGGUUUGUUUUCGUUUGCAUGAUAUCAUAUCAUUUCAUAUGAUAUUGAUAUAGACAUUGCAUAACAUAACGAACAUUAUCGAAUCGGUAUUUUGGGUGUUUCUUUUUUUGACAAUUUAGCGAUCAUUAAACAUGCGUUUAGUUUUCUAGUUCUCAGUUUCCCGUUUAAGGAAUCUUGAAGCGCCGGUUUGGUUUUUUUGUCACGCAUAAAUUUUACAAUGUCGAUCGAUGUCGAUGUCGAUGUCGAUGUCGAUGUCGAUGUCAAUGUCAUCCUAAGAUACAAAUAGGGAUGGAUUAAUGGAAAGAUGGAUACCUGGUAAUUAAUACUUGCUGCUAGGGUUUAAUAAUGAAAGAAUGAAAGGGAGGAGGAUGUUUAAUGGAAAAAUAGUUUGGAUCUUUAGAUUCAGAUGAAUAAAAGCCGUUUGUUACUUUUGGCUAGGAAAUUGAAUGUUAACUUUUAAAGGAUGUGGUGUUGGGAUUUGAAGAUUUGGAGAUUUGGAAAUUUGAAUUUAAGAGUGGAUGUGUUGUUUUCUUUCAUGAGGAUGAUGAUGUAAUGUUGAGAGAUGGAAUAUAAGUCGAGUACUUUACUUUUAAAUCAUCUUUUUAUAUUAAAAAUGACGAUUU